AUGGGGUGGCCGUGGCUGCUUGCGCGCGGCGUCACGUCUCUCGGCGUUUUCGGCCUCUUUUGGGCUUACAGCCGCGACGAGCUCGCUCUCGGCGACGUGGCGGCGCUGUAUCAGACCAUCCCGCUGUGGACCAUCCUCUUCUCCUAUCUGUACCUGAAGGAGAAGCCAAACGCCGCGCAGGGCGUCGCGGCGACGCUGGCUUUGACGGGCGCGAUGCUCAUCGCGCGGCCCACAUUUGUGCGGCAAGCCAUCGGCGCGGCGGCUCUAUACCUCACGAUGGGACUCGGCACCUGCUUCUCGAUCGCCGUCGCAGCGUCCGUCGGCGCGUUCGACGUUCCGCCAGAGAAGGGGCUAGCCGCGUGGCUGUCGAGCGUGGGCGUGGCCUCAGUGGCUGGGGCGGGGCUCAUCUGCGUGGGCGUGCUGAUCCUCACGCUCAGCCCAAGGGUGGAGCAGAGCACGAACGGGGUGGGGGUCCACGAGGGCGACCAGCCCGCCGGUGGUGGCGCGCCUAGCCACGGCAGUGACAAGCUGCUGCCCCCAGGAGUGCCACGUAGCUAG